GCCAAGGAAACAGCACAAAGACAUCAACAGCCCAAUGGCUUCGCCGAAUGAAGACGAUGUCUUCGAAAGGCUCAAGAAUAGAACGGACCUGGACGAGCAGAAGCGACAACAGGAUGAGAUUAAUGCGCGGCUUCACGCUCAACACCAGAGGGCGCAGGAGAGGCUAGGGGAGCUGGUUGAAGACAACACCUCCCUCCCGGUGACGAUAUCGUCAGUCCGCGUCCUCCACGCCAACCGCACAAGAAGAAGUUUCCUCGAGCGAGUCGUCAACCCUCUCCUAAGCGCGAACCGCACCGAGCCCUAUACUCUGGAAGAUGCAUUGAAAGAGGUCGGCGAAGCAGCAGACAAGCUCAAUCGCUUUGGCAUCUUCAAGUCGCCAAUAUCAGUCUACCUCGACCGACCAAAUCAAACCAUUGCCUCGUCCUCUCCCACCGAUGUCGACGUCUACAUUUCGGCUGUUGAACGCGGCAACUACACUAUCAAGACCGGGACGGAGGCUGGCGCUUCGGAAGCAGAUGCCUACGUUCACGCCGAGUUGCGAAAUCUCCUUGGUGGGGCAGAGACACUCAACGCACAUGGCUCGCUUGGUACACGAACACGAUCAGCCUACUCCCUCGCCUUUGACAGCCCAAUUCUCAGCAACCCUGAUCUCAAGUUUCAAGUCAACGGAUUCGCAAGUUCGACACUGAAGAGCUGGGCAAGUCACGAAGAGGUACUGAAAGGAGGAAACUCCAAGAUUUCAUGGAGAAUGAAGAAUGGCGCUACGCAUGAAUUCGGUUACUCGGGCAUCUGGCGCCAAGUCACGGGUCUGGCCGAAAAUGCGUCGCCCGCUGUCCGCGCAGACGCAGGCGACUCCUUCAAGUCGAGCAUUACGCAUACUUGGAUCAAGGACAAGCGCGACUACCCUCUCCUUCCCAACAGCGGCUACUUCAUGAAGAGCGUGUCGGAAAUUGCGGGUUGGGGUCCUCUGAAAGGUGACGUAGCGUUCUGGAAGUCAGAGGCGGAGUCGCAAGUUGCUCUCCCCUUUGGCAACACGGGCAUCACGCUCACCGCUGGGCUGCGAGGUGGUCUACUCUACCCUUUGGCAUUGGGCGGAGAGAAUCAGGCCCAAGCAUCUCGCAUCAAUGACCGCUUCCAGCUCGGUGGCCCGACCAACGUACGGGGUUUCCGCAUCGCUGGUCUCGGCCCUCGUGAUGGUCCAGAUGCCCUAGGCGGUGAUAUCUACGCAGCUGGUGGUGCGUCGAUCCUCCUUCCAAUUCCCCGUGUCGGAAAAGAGACGCCGCUCCGUCUACAAGCCUUCAUCAACGGCGGUCGACUCCUUGCAUUGAAGAAUCCAAACUCCAAGAAGGAAGAUGGUUCGUUUGGCAGCUCAAGCGACGUGUCGAGUGCCAUUCAAAAGUCCUUUUCCGCCAUGACAGCAGAGUUGCCCAGCGCAGCAGCUGGUGUAGGUCUCGUGUAUGCGCAUCCAGCUGCGAGGUUUGAAGUCAACUUCUCGCUGCCUCUUGUCAUGCGCGCAAAGGAGGAGGGCAGGAAGGGACUGAGCUUCGGUGUGGGAAUUGAGUUCUUGUAG